AUGCCGAAGCGCUCCUGCCCAUUCGGGGAGGCGGCCCCGCUCCAGCUGAAGACACGCGUGGGGCUGCGGGAGCUCAGCCGCGGCGUGCGAGGCGAAGAGUACCGGCGGGAAGUCUUCGAGAGAACCCGGCGGUUGCUCUUCAGGGGCGCCCAGGCGUGCUUGGAGGGCGCUUGGCCCGCCAGCCCCGCCGCCACUUGCGCGGUCACCCGCUCACCGGAGCCGGCUGGGGAGGCCCCGGACGACAGCGCGGGGUGUCGCUGGAGCGGACAGCUGCUCAUAGGCCACGACGGCAAACUGCUGAGGCGCCCGGCUGCCAUGGAGAAAGUUCCUCCUGUAGGAGUCUCCAAAGCCUGUUCAUCGUGUGUAAGAACCGCUGAUGUCAAGGAAGCCUGUACACAGUGCGACCGGUUUGUCUGCCAGAACUGCAGCAGGCUCUGCAACUGCUGUAACACAGUUACCUGUUCUUUGUGCUCCACUAUUGAUUAUGGUGAUGUGGGAGAGCAAGUUCUCUGCAAUGGCUGCUCAAUGUUUCAAGUCUGAAACUUGAUAAUUGCCUUUAUGGCUAAGAUGUCUGUACAUUUCAUGAAGUCUUCUCCUUUGAGCAUGUGAAUUACAUAUGGACUUUCUACGUUUUAUAUCUUUAUAUUGUACUUUUUAAUAUUGUAGCUAAAUAAACUUUUA